AUGUGUGCAUCAUUCAUUCAUCUAUCAUCUAUCCAUCUAUCCAUCUAUCUAUCUAUCUAUCCAUUUAUCUAUCCUUAUCUAUCCAUUCAUCUAUAUCUAUCUAUUCAUCCAUCCAUCUAUCCAUCUAUACAUUGUAGUCCAUUCCCUUAUCUAUCUAUCUGCAUUCAUCUAUCUAUCUAUUCAUCUAUCUAUCUAUCUAUUGAACCCAUUCCUUAUGUAUGUAUGUAUGCAUGCAUGCAUCUAUCCAUUCAUCCAUCUAUCUAUCCAUCUAUUCAUCCAUCUAUCUAUCUAUCUAUUGUAGUCCAUUCCUUAUAUCUAUCUAUCCAUCUAUCUAUCUAUCUAUCCAUCUAUCCAUCUAUCUAUCUAUUGAACCCAUUCCCAUAUGCAUGCAUGCAUGCAUGCAUGCAUGCAUCUAUCCAUCCAUCUAUCUAUCUAUCCAUCUAUCCAUUCAUCCAUCUCUAUCUAUUGUAG